CUCAGUGGAAAUUUCCACUCUCUCCUCACCGCUAUAUCAGCAGACUUCCCCGGCGCCCGACUCACACGGAAAACAGAAGUAGCGGUUUGAAACUAUCUGAAGGACGACUACGAAUCAAUCUUUCGGACUCUACUCAUUGAUUUGACUGAAGAACACUUGGAUCUACAAGUUGUUUUUUUACACUUCUGUCUUUACUUAUUUCAAAGGCAUCAUGUCUCAGAAGCAGAUCAGCCUCCCAGCGAAGCUCAUUAAUGGCGGCAUUGCUGGCAUUGUUGGGGUUACUUGUGUCUUCCCCAUUGACUUGGUGAAGACCAGGUUGCAGAAUCAGAGACAAGGUCAGCAGGUCUACAAGAGCAUGGUUGACUGCCUUGUCAAAACAGUCCGAUCAGAGGGGUACUUUGGCAUGUACAGAGGCGCUGCUGUAAAUUUGGCACUGGUCACCCCUGAGAAGGCAAUUAAGCUGGCUGCUAAUGACCUCUUCAGGCAUCACCUCUCCAAGGACGGAAAGGGGCUGACAGUGUUUAAAGAGAUGCUGGCAGGUUGUGGUGCCGGCAUGUGCCAGGUCAUCGUCACCACCCCUAUGGAAAUGCUCAAGAUACAGCUCCAGGAUGCAGGCAGACUUGCCCAGCAGCAGAAGCCAGUCAUGAUGUCGCCCACCAAGCUCGUGGCCACCAACACCGUCAUCCGCCGCUCCUACAACUCCGGCACGGUGGUCUCGGCACCUCGAGCCGUGUCGGCCACACAGAUUGCGAAAGAACUGGUCCACAAGCAGGGCAUCCAGGGCCUCUACAAAGGGCUCGGGGCCACGCUGAUGAGGGAUGUGCCCUUUUCCGUCAUCUACUUCCCAUUGUUUGCCAACCUGAACAGUCUGGGCAAACCCAGUGCCGAGGAGACGUCGCCCGUCUAUUGGGCUUUCCUCUCCGGCUGUGUGGCGGGUUCUACUGCCGCGGUGGCCGUUAACCCCUGUGACGUGGUGAAGACGAGACUGCAGUCGCUGAACAAGGGGCCCACUGAGGAGACUUACAACGGAGUUGUGGAUUGUGUGAGUAAAAUAAUGCGAAAGGAGGGACCCUCUGCCUUCCUGAAAGGCGCUGGCUGUCGGGCUCUGGUCAUCGCUCCUCUGUUCGGCAUUGCUCAGGUUAUGUACUUUGCUGGCGUUGGCGAAUACAUCCUGGACAACACUCCUCUAAACCUCUUGUCGGCAUGAGCCCUUAUCGACUUGCUGGCUAUGCAUGGGACCUUCUGAGCGUAGAUGGUUGAAGAACUGGCAGCUACACGCCAUCAGUUUACAGCAACAAACAAAAACAAUAUUGUCUAACAGCCAGAAAUGCUAAUGAAGACCUGUGAUUUCAACUUCUGACAGCUGUGUUGCACUUAAACACUUUUGUGACUUAUUCAGGAGGCCGGGGCCAAUGUUUGCACUUGAAGCUGUUGGCCUUACUGGGCUUUGGGGGCUCAGAGCUGCAGUGUUGUUCUCUCUUUGUCCCUGAGACGGUCCUGUUUCCCUCUGUGAGGGAGGGGAGCUCACUCCAUCAGAGAGACACGCCCAUUUGUUGUGUUUUCUUCCAUGUCAUCACUUUCCAUAUUUAGUAUUCAACUUUUUGAAUGGCUUAAUGCAGCAGCUUGUAGUACUUUGUAUGUUUGGUUUUUUUGUUGUCUCGUGUUACAAAGGCUUCAGAUGGGGCACAAUUUACACAAUUUAUUGCAAAGGGAUUUUAUUUUGAAAUACAUUUUCCGUAAUAACUUUGGAGUUUACAUGUUUAAUUUCAGUGAUCAUGAACCUUCCUCCUGGCAUGGGACCAUAUGGUUUGCCAAACCAUAACGUGUCCUGUUCUAUACUUGAUAUUAGCCCAACAGUUGACGAGUAGUCUGUGAAAUGCAGUGUUUGUAUUUUACUACCUGCAGAAACUUGAGAUGCAGUCAUGCACAUUAUCCGUUUGUUUGUCCACAUGUGUGUUUGUCCACAUAAACGUUUUCAAUAACUAAUGCAUACCUGAACCUAUUACAUGUUUUGGUUUAUGCCUUAUUACUGCGACUGAGCAUGAACACAUGACUGUUACAAUAGUUUUUGUGAUGGCUUUUUGUACAUACCGUGUGUGUGUGUAUAUACAUUAAACUUUGCAAUGUACUUA